AUGAUACUUGGACGUAUCUCGCCGAACCAGUUCAGCUUCAAUGCGGCCAUCAGCGCCUGUGGAAGCGAGGGCUUCUGGGAGCUCGCCCUGUGCCUACUUCUGGACAUGGCUUCGCUCGAUGUGCUGCCGGAUGAGAUCACCUUCAACGCCGUCCUAAGCUCCUGUGAGAAGAGCGGUGAAUGGCGCGUCUGUUAUCAGCUGCAUUCAGACAUGCUGGAGGCGCGGCUUCAGCCGGAUACCAUCACUUUCAAUGCUGAGAUCAGCACCUGCGGGCGUGCGGCGCAGUGGCAGCGGGCACUGGAGAUUUUUCGGCGGAUGCCGUCUGAGAGUGUGGCGCCCAGCGUGGUAAGCUUCAAUGCAGCGAUCAGCGCAUGUGAGAGGGGUCUUUGCUGGAGGACAGCCCUUGAGUUGCUCCGGAACAUGAAGGAGCAUGAGUUGAGACCAAAUACCACGACCUUCAACGCGGCGACCUCUUUGGCACUUAGCGAUCAGCUCCUGUGA